CUCUGAUGGUGAGAGCCCACCCAGCAGAGCAAGAUGGCUCCGCUCAGUACCACCAAUAAUCGACACAUUUUACGUCAUAUUAUUUACAAUAAAUCAAAAUGUUACUUACUCUAAUAAUAUUAUUUUAUUAUUAAUAACAGCUUAGUUAUUUUAUAUAUUUAUUAAUAAAUUAUUAUUUGUUGAUAAAUAGGUGUACUGAGAAGUAAUUGUGGAUUUUAAAUAAAAAUUAACAAGAAAACGGCCGGUUGGCGUGCCAGACAGGUAAAUUAAUAUAGUGCCAUUGUCAGAAUAACAUUGCUCAUAUUUAAAAAAAAAACAAUAAUAACGUUAAUAGAAAUAAUAAUAAUAGUAAAUGUGUAAUCGCGCUCUUUUUAAUAAUAGCCAUUAAUUAAAUAAAUAUUAAUUAAAAUAAAUAAAAUCGAUAAUAAUUACAAAUGCAACGAAUUUUUUUAAAGUAUAAUAUUAAUGUGAUGUUACGAACAAAAAUAAAUGAGUGGAUUAAGUGAUAACAUCAAAUUAAAAUGAAGUCUAUUAAUAAUAAUAAUAUUAAUAAUAAAUAAAAUAAAAGUAAAAUAGUGAUUUAAAUAAUAAAAUGGCAAAAAUGUUGCCAAAGGGGACUUUUUUAAUUUUUAUAUAGAGAUUGUAUAAAUAAAUAAUACAACGACCAAAGAUAAUUAUCGAUACUGGAAGUUUAAAUCGUAAAUAAUUAUUAAGAUGUGGAAAAAAAUAUAAAAUUGAAGGCCACGUUGUGUCUAAGAGAGUUAACAUUUAAAGCAAGUGGCGGGUGAUAAUAAUUUUUAAAAUUAAUAACUGUUAGCUAAUUAAGUUUAGCUAAAAAUAUAUAAAUAUUAACUGUAAUAAAUGAGUUUUAACAUGGCACGUAAAAGUGAUAAUAUUAAAUGUAUUAACAUUGCGGUUGUUGGAUUGUCUGGGACUGAAAAAGACAAAGGACAAGUUGGAGUCGGAAAGUCAUGUCUUUGCAACAGAUUUAUGAGAUCACUUAGCGAUGACUACAGUGUUGAUCAUAUUUCUGUUUUGUCACAGUCGGACUUUAGUGGUCGUGUUGUAAAUAAUGAUCACUUUUUAUACUGGGGUGAAGUAGUAAAAGUUGCUGAAGACGGCACUGAAUAUCAAUUUCAAGUAAUUGAACAAUCAGAAUUCAUAGAUGAUGCAUCAUUUCAACCAUUCAAAGGCGGGAAAAUGGAGCCAUAUGCAAAACGAUGCGCUGCUACUAAAAUAACUAGUGCUGAAAAAUUAAUGUACAUUUGUAAGAAUCAAUUAGGAAUAGAAAAAGAGUAUGAACAAAAAGUAUUACCUGAUGGUAAAUUAAAUAUCGAUGGUUUUUUAUGUGUAUUUGAUGUCAGUGUGGUACCAAAUCGUUCAAUUGAAAAGCAAAUUGAAAUCGUAUCGAACAUAUUGAACAAUUUAAUAAAAACUAAAAAACCUGUUUUAUUAGUGACAACUAAAAAUGAUGACGCUAACGAACAAUAUGUAAAAGAGGCUGAAAAAUUGAUAUCACGAAAAGAAUACAAGAGUUCAAUUUCAGUUGUCGAAACUUCAUCACAUGAAAAUAUAAAUAUUGAUGCUGCAUUUCUAGUCUUGGCACAAAUUAUUGAUAAAACUAAAGUUAGAAGUAAGAUAAUACCUUUUAGUGAAGCUGCUAGAUUAAGAAAAGAAUUAUUAGACGCUUCAACAGAAUCUCUACAAAGAUUAAUACGUAUCCAUGUUACGGAUUAUCGCGCACUAUGGUCACAAGCUUCGAAAAAACUUGCUCAGCACAAAGAGUUUAAUAAUUUUGUUGAAUUGUUUGGUAUCGAUGCUACACAAAGGCUAUUCAGGCGACAUAUUAAAAAAUUAAAGGAUGAACAAAUAGCUAAGAAAAUACAAGGUUAUUUAGAUAUGUUGCCAGAUAUUCUUCAUGAAAUUUGUCCAGAUAUUUCCAGUCUUAUUAAUGAAGAAUGGUCAACAGUACAACAAUUUAUUAAAGAACAUCCAGACUUUCAUCAACAUUUCUAUGAAUGUCCAGAAGAUAUAUCGUGGAUUGAUUACGACUUUGGUGAAAAUAAUACAACUAAAAUUCCAUAUGAAGUUCUUGAAACUCCAGAAGCUGAGACAGUCUUCAAGAAUCACAUCAACGCUCUGCAACAAGAGCAAAGACGAUUAGAACUUCCAAAGAGAUGGAAAAAGCAAUUUAAGCAAUUGCUAGAGGAAACUGGGUACGUAACGCCUGGAAAACAUUUGUCAGAAGUGCGAGUACUGUUCAUGGGUCGCGAAUGUUUCGAAGCGCUUUCUCAUCAUGAUUGUCAAGAAAUUUAUGACCAGCAUCAAAAAGAAAUAAUUGAGAGAGCGAAACAUAAUUUCCAAGAACUUUUACUUGAACACGCGGACUUAUUUUAUCACUUCAAAAGUAUAGCUCCGUCUGGCACAAUUACGCAAGAUGAUAUUAAGGAAAUAACUGAUGCUUUAAUAGAUGACUUUAGGUACAAGACAUUGGAUAGACUUGAUCAAGAUAGAAAAUUGAUGCUUUUUCAACAUCUUGGUUUCGUUCAUUGUCCAAUUAGAGAACAUUGUCCUGCAUUUCCUAAUUGUAUGGAUGCUCUUAUUGAAAGAAUACUCGGUACUAAAGCACACAGACCAUCGUCAUGGAACCACAGUAGUCAAUGGCAAUUAACAUCCGAAAAUAAUCAAUUAAAUUUAGUAAUACUUGGUAGCAAUGGACUUGGAAGUGAAUUUGCUCAGGAAAUAAAAACACAAACAGAUGACGAUGAAGUGGAAAUUGAUUGUCAGUUAUAUACACUCGGUUAUCGAGUUAUUGACGGUGACGUUGGAUUACCCCACAAUUCAUUUACAACCUCGGAUUUUAUGCCACACGGUUCAUUCUGUAUUUACGCGAAUGAAGAUUCAUUUGAAUAUAUACGGUCGUCAUUAGAAAAAACGUUGCUCUCAAAUUUAGAGCAAGAAGAUCGAUUACCAUUUCAGGGAUUACCAAUAGUAAUAAUGUUUGUACCUGACAUAACUAUUGACGAAAUGGAGUCAAUGAGACUUAGAGAAGAAGGACAAAAUUUAGCUGACAGUUUACAGUGUCCGUUCAUUGACGUUUGUGUCGAAGAUUUGGAGCCAGAUAAGCGUUUUCCCCACUCAUUAGUUAAAGAGGCACUUCAACAGCUCAUACAGUCGAUUAAUCAUCGUGCCGGUUUUUUAAAUAUUUACCAAAGUGUUAUUGAAUGUUUAGAGCCCGAUAUCAGAAUAAUAAUGUGUAUGUUUUGUGGUGAUCCCUAUUCAGUGGAGAAUGUCUUAGGGCCAUUACUAAGCCAUCAGUGUUGUUUUUUAAGCGGUGAAAAAUCAAUUGUACUCGAAACAUUUCUUGGGGACUCAAAGCGACGUGUUGAAGUCAUUAUAUCAAGCUUUCAUGGCGCUAAUGCAUUUCGCGAUGAAUUAGUUCAUGGAUUUAUUUUAGUUUAUUCAACUAAAAGAAAAGCUUCAUUAGCAACUCUAAACGCAUUUUCAAUGAAUAUUCCAAAUUUACCGAUUCAAAUAAUGGCAGUAACGGAUACCGGAGGAGCUAACGCUUUCUUCAGCAAUGAUCUAUCUCACAUGCUUAUCACCGAAGGAAAUGCUACCGCAGACCGACUUCAAGCUCACUUUAUGACAUCAGCGUCUAGUUGUCAACAAAAAACGGCAUUCUACACGCCAUUUUUCAAAGAAGUUUGGGAGAAGAAACCUGAAAUCGAGCAGGCUUUUCAUAUGGAAGAACCUGGUAAUUUAAAUGACAGCGGUGAAGGCACCUUAGAAUACUCAGCAUUACAUCCAAUGCCACCACCAAGACACGAAAGUUAUCAUCUACAAACACCAGACGAUGGUAUGUCUGUAACUUUCAGAAGUGGAUCGGAGUCGUACGAGCAAUUGACGCCUGAUGGUGAACUGGGUGAUACAGUAUUAAAUGAACAAUUUAAUGAUCAUCGUGCCACACCCAGCGAUGAUAGUGAUAUUUAUAGUCAAGUUGAUUUUCAUCGCGAAGAAAGAGAACGAGAACUACUUAAAGGCGGUGAUUUCGCUAAUAAAUUAACAGGAUGGGUGAAAGAUACAUUCAAUAUGCAUCAUGACGGAGUAUCGAACACGUACUCGCAUCGAGCAUUUACUACAGGCCGUAGAAACAUCUCGCAAACAAAGUCACGACCCAAAGGCAACAGUCAAACAUUAAAACAACCGGGUAAAAUAAAUUUAAAAGACUUUUCUAACGUGACGGAUGCGAUAGCACGUAUGAGUGUUGGAGAAAAAAUAGAGCAUGGUUCGAAAAUGAUGGGCCAUGCGCCACUAGCGACUCCGGAACUUGUAGAUCUUGAGUACGCUCAUCCCAAAGACGUUGUGAAUAAUCUUUAUCCGACUUACGACGGAGAGUAUGCGUACGCUCUUGUACAGGAUUCUAUUUCGAAUAAUAAAUCUAAAUUACGGCAUAGACGUGAGAAGGGUCAACCAUCAUACAGUGAUUCAGAUUCAGAAUGGAGUUCAUUGGAGCGUCAGCGGGCGGACGCCCUCAGUAAGACGAAUAAAAAACCCUCAAGUUAUAAACGUACUCGUAAGAAACGCACCGCAAUACCAGUAGCAACACCAAAAGUACCUUCGCUAGCCAGUAUGGUCAGUGGCGAUGGUAACAUUGGUAUCAAUUACGUGAAGGACGACAAGAGUUGGCGUAUCGAUCCUACUGAACGUGUAUCAAGUGAAACACCAGAUAGUUCUGAGUCAAGUGAACCAGAGCACGGUACAAGAUCAAGAUUAAAACCAAAUAAACAUGCUGGUGCUGUUAGUGUGAGAAAGAGAUUUGGAAAUUCAGCGGCUACGCUGCAGCAUCCAUUCAACCUUAAACAUGUGACUCAGGAUAUGUUCAGUGUGUCCUAUGAUGAAUCCAGUCUAGAUGUAUCCUCUCCCAGAGAAAUAAAUUCACCGAGUUUUGGAAUACUAACGAAGGGUAAGGACUGCGACAAGCUGACGCGAAAGAAAGACAAGCAGAAGGCUAAAGAGGAUGAGAAGUUGGAGAAGCGGAGGCAGAAAGAAGAGAAACUUAAAAAACACGCGGAAAAAGAGAGAGAACGUGAGAAGAAGAAGCAGGAUAAAAUAAAACAAACCAAAGGACCUGGUGGUGGUACUGGGGGUGCUGGUGUCUCGUUAACGGGCCAAAGUCAAUUGUCGCUUAUUGAAGAUUUUGCACAGAGUGAAACUAACAGAAUACCUUUAUUUUUGGAAAAGUGUGUACGGUUUAUUGAAGAAGAGGGUCUUGAUUCUGAGGGUAUUUACAGGGUUCCUGGCAAUCGUGCUCAUGUUGAAUUACUUUUUCAAAAAUUCGAAGAAGAUGGUAAUGUCGAUAUACAUUUAUUGGAUAUUCCGGUAAAUGCCGUAGCAACAGCACUCAAGGACUUCUUUUCAAAACGAUUACCACCACUUAUCGACAAAGAGCGUAUGAUUGAACUAGAAAAUAUUUCCGGUGCAAGAGGUGUAAGUAAACCAAUGUCUGCAACCGGUAUGAAUAUGGAAGAUCCAAGCUGUAGAUUACUCGCCUUACGAUCGAUGCUUAAUCAGUUAAAUCCAGUUAAUUUCGACGUUUUGAAAUUUAUAUUUCAACAUUUCGUAAAAGUGGCAGAAAAUUGUAAGUUAAAUAGCAUGGAUAGUAAAAAUUUGGCAAUUUGUUGGUGGCCUACAUUAUUGCCAAUUGAAUUUAAUGACUUGGGUAGAUUUGAAGCUAUGAGACCUUAUUUGGAGGACGUUGUUCAAACAAUGAUCGAUCAGUAUCCCUUUCUUUUCUGUGACAAAGAAGCCAUCGUCAUGGUUUAGUAAUGGACUAUCACUAAUUCAAAAUAAAAUUAGGACCUAUAAUUAAUAAUAACAAUAAUUAUAAUAAUAACAAUAAUAAUAAUCAUAAUAAUAUUAAUAUUAGUAUUAACAUUAAUAUUAAUAAUAAUAAUAAUAUUUUAUAUUUAAUGGGGUCCUACUUCUCUAUUAAAAAUAAUAAUAUACAAAGCAAAUACAUUUGCACUAGUCCAAUUACACUGGGAAUUUAAAAACAAAAAAAAUAAAACUAAAAAAUCGGUCAUAAUUUGAAACGUCUGAAUUUCCAAUUAAUCAAACGGUCGCGAGUAAUAGCAACGAGUCAAUCAUGGUGUCAUAUAAGUAUGCAUGUAUUUUGAGUAUAUAUAUAACAUAUAUACAUAUUUACAAUUAAAUUAAUUAAUUAAUUUAUUUUAAAUAUUUAUAAUAAAUUACGUAGUGAUAAAUAGUACGUAAGUUUUAAAUAAUUUUUUAGCACUGUCUUAUUUUUAUUUCGCACUUUGUCAACUCAUAUUUUAAUGCUUCUACAUCAGCAUUUUAAUAAAAAAAAAAUGAAUUUGUAAAUUGAAUCAAUAGACGUUAAUUUUGAACAAAGAAAAAAAUAAUGAGAAUAAAAAAAGACAUUUUUUAGGUUGUGCCAUGCCAAUCGUAUCUGUUUAUAUUUAAAAAAAAUUAGAUAUCGAUGCACGGCGGUGAUAUAUAUAAUCUAUUUGCUUAUACCAUUCCGUCUAAUUAAGAAAAAUGAUAAUGAUAAUUAAUAAUUUAGUGAAUAAAACGAUUUUAUUAAUAAUGUCAAUCGUUUUAUAAUUUUAAUAAUGAUAUUAAUAAUUAUAAUUAAUAAUAAUAAUAAUAAUAUUGA